AUGGCUAUGGGUGUGUCUGAACUGCAGCAAACAGAGCAUUCAUGCAAAAGAUAAACAGAGAAGGAAGUUCAGCUUUCGACUUCUGUGAACCAACAAAAUAGCCGUUGAACACCAAAGUGAUUGUUCGUCGUCCAGUCUACAACUCAGAGCGUCUCGUGGCUGGAGCCGGCCGCUCCCCGCGUGGCGCCGCCGCCACCGGCAGGGUCACCAUCACUGGCGGUCACCGCAGCUGGACCGUGUAUAAAACACGGCUCCACACCGCACCCACCAUCAGACGAUCACACACCGCCUCACUACCAACAACAUGAAGUUCUUCGUGGUUGCCGCCCUGCUGGCCGUUGCCGCCGCCGACAGCGCGCCCUACACCACUCCGGCGCCCACCUACGCCCCGACCUACAAGCCCACCUACGCGCCCAGGCCCGCCUACCACCCCCAGCCGGCCUACAAGCCCGCUCCCUACAAGCAGGAGAGCUACGACCAGCCGCCCAAGUACGACUUCAGCUACGACGUCCACGGAUACGGAGACUACGAGCCCGUCUUCAACGCCCAGGAGGCGCGUGACGGCUACGCCACCCAGGGAUCUUACUCGGUUGUGCUGCCCGACGGCCGUACCCAGACGGUCACCUACCGUGUGGAUGACGCCUACUCAGGCAACAUUGCUGAGGUCACCUACGAGGGUGAGGCUCGCUACGACGAGUACAAGCCCAGCUACAAGCCCGCCCCCGCCUACAAGCCCGCCCCGGCUUACAAGCCCGCCCCCGCCUACAAGCCCGCCCCUACCUACAAGCCCACCCCAGCCUACAACUAGAGUCAACAACGCACUUUCCUUCAAGUUCUCAAAGGGAAAAGUGCAGGUGCCUUUCAUACAUGCUUGAGUGUAUUUAUUGCGCAAUGAGUGGAAGUCAAUAAAAGCAAAAUUA